GUAGAGAAGUUAUGUGUUAAACAGAGAUUAUUGAUAUGAUUUUAUUUAUUUGUUUGUUAAAGAAAAAAAGAGUUAUAUAUUAGCAAGGAAAAGCCUAACAUGGAAACUAGCUGGAAGCAGCAUUUGGUAGGUUGCCAUGGUAACACAGCUUCCCUUGGGAGAAAAGGGGCGUGGCUAAGAUGACAGUUGGAGCAUAUUCCCUUUUAAAAGUGGAGUUGCUGUGAGGGUUUUAAAAAGGAGUGGCUGUUAGGGGUUUGAGAAGAAGAGUUGCGGUUAGGUUUUGGAAAGAUUAGGAGCUGGGGAAAUCAGCUAAGGACGGCAGCUUAUGGUCACUCAGGGGAAAGGCUGGGAAUAUAAGCUGACCAGGGGAGUUUAGUAUACUGUGUUGAAGAGAAGUUAUUUAAGAAAUAUCCAUUCAAGAAAGACUACAUUGUAACUUAAGAUCCGGAACGUUUACUGAUUGAAACCAUACGCUUAUGUACCAAAAAUAAACUUGAAUUUUGUUAUUGUUCAUAAAGAUAAGUCUCCUUGCCUCUCUGUAAGCCUGUUACCUCACGUUGGUGGCAGUUACCGUACCUAUCUAUAUAAGUUACCGUACUUUCCUAUAUAAGUUACCCUCUUUACUCAUUUAAACCCAAUCAGUUCCGUUAUCCUUCCUUAUCCACUAAAUCAUCCCUGUCAUACAUUCACACAUCCUCCAUCCCUCCCUCUCACACGUGCACACAUCUCCUGAAUUGGAGGCAGCAGUGGGAUUUAAAGACAAAGAUUUCCCCUGCCUGAGUUGAGUACCACAAAUUGGGCUCUCUUCAAUUGGGGGCAGCGGUGGGAUCAAAAGGAUUCCAUCCCUGUCACCUCAGUUCUCUUCAAUUGGUGGCAGCGGUGGGAUAGAAAAGGAUUCCAUCCCUGUCACCUCAGUCCUCUUCAAUUGGUGGCAGCGGUGGGAUUCAGAAAAAGAUUCCUUCCCUGCCUCACCUCUCUUCAAUUGGUGGCAGCGGUGGGAUCAAAAGGAUUCCAUCCCUGUCACCUCAGUCCUCUUCAAGUGGUGGCAGCGGUGGGAUAGAAAAGGAUUCCAUCCCUGUCACCUCAGUCCUCUUCAAUUGGUGCCAAGCGGCGGGAUACGUUUAACAUCUCAAACUAAGUGCCUUGAGACCGCAUAGUAAGAAAUCGUGAGGUAAAAUUUAAGGAAAAUGGCUACUAGACUACAAAAGAAAUUAGCAGGAGAGGCUAGUGAAUACCAAGGAGAUAGUUCGGACUCUGAGCAAACCCCUGAGACAAGGGAAACCCUUAAAUAUAAAAUUGAAUUGAGAAAAUUAGAAUUGGAGGAUAAGCAAAGAGAAAGGGAGGAUAAGCAAAGAGAAAGGGAGGAUAAGCAAAGAGAGAGAGAAUGGGAGGAAAAACGAUGGCAACUGCAGAAGGAUACAGAAAUAGAACUGAAACGAAUGGAAUUACAAAAAGCCAGUCAGACUGAGGAAAAGGAGAGAGAGUUGAGAAUGAGGGAAUUGGAAUUGGAAAAAGAGAAAUUGGCACUGUCUCAACCACACAUUAUUAACCAAGAAGGGAAUGGUAGGACUGAAGCGUCUGAUCUACUUCUGAAGAGAUUCCCAAAGUUUAAUAAAGAUGAUGAUGUGGAAAAGUUUUUGAUUUCUUUUGAGAGGUGCUGCAGAGAUUUUGAAAUUGAUGAAGGAAAAUGGAUGCUUUAUUUAAGACCCCAAAUUUGUGGGAAAUUGUUAGAAAUAUAUGGUGAUGUACCUGAAGAGUCACACCGAGAUUAUAAUUUCUUUAAAAAGCAGGUACAACAGAAAUUGCAACUCACACCUGAGUUUUAUCGUUUAAAAUUCAGAUCUCUGAGGAAAGAAAAGCACCAAAGCUUCGCACAAGUAGCUUCAAAACAGGCUCAAUUAUUUGAUAGUUGGCUCAGAACCUCAGAAGUGGAAACUUUUCAACAGCUGAGGGAAUUAAUUAAGUUGGAACAACUGUUUCAAUUAGUGCCCUCAGAUUAUCGGUGGUUAGUUCAAGACAGAAAGCCAUCAACUGCCAAUGAAGCGGCUUCAAUGACAGACCAAUUAAUCACUCUGAGGGAAGGAUUUAGGAACGAUGAGGGACUAAGUGAGAGAAGGCAGAAUAAACCGCCAUUUUUCAAUUAUCAAACACACACACAAUACAAAAAGACGCCUGCCAUAGAAAACACCGCCUACAGGAGGCCUGAGGUAAUUAAUCAGACCAAACCUGAGGUAAAAGCAAGGUGCUAUCAGUGUGGGAAGUCUGAUCAUCUAAAAUACCAAUGUCCUCUUUUAAGAAGAGAUAAAACAUCCUUCUUUAUGAAUAAAGAGCCCAAAGAAAAUACUCUUAAUAGGGAUAUUAAGUUGCUAAGCAGUACUGAAACAGUUCCUAGGGAGAAACAAUGUUUAUUUAUUUUAUCCGAUGAUUUUUCUGAAGAUUAUUUUGAGCCUAUCACUAUUGUGAACCAACAAAAACAAGGUUGGAGGGAUACAGGAUCCCAGGUGUGUGUUAUCCACCCAAAAUCGGUACCUCAGAAAUAUCAAAAGCCCACCUCUGAGAUAAAUCUAAAGGGUUUGGGACCAGCUGUACCAGCUGAGGUAGUAUCUCUCCCAAUUGAAUACAAUGGAUGGAAAGGGAUCUGGGACUUUGCAAUUAGUUCAGAUAUCCCUCAUGAAUGUUUAAUCGGCAAUGACCUAGCUAGACAAGUUAAGAACUGGAAAAAGUUGUGUGAGAAGAAGGAAAAUUACAACAGAAGCCCUAUUCAGGAAGCAGUGUGCUUACCUAUUCAACCGGAAUCUGAACAGGGUCCAGAAUCCAGUUCCACCAUUACCGAAAUUGUUAGUAAAACAGGGGGAGUUCAAGAAAUUAAACAAGCUCAGGAGGAAGAUGAAUCCCUGAAGCCUUUGUUUAAGCAAGCUGAAAGUUUACCAGAAUCAGCAGGAGAACUACCCAAUAAAUUUGUCACAAAAGAUGGUGUGUUUUACAGAGAAAGCAAAAGUGUGGAAUCAGAAGAAAGGUCAGAAAUACAUAGUCAGAGUUUCACUGAAAUUGAAAGGCAAGCGCAGGUGGCUGAGAAACUGAAGGAGCAACAGGCUGCGGAGUACAAGAAGCAAGCAGAUGAAGCCUUAGUGGCCUCCAUGAGACUGACGUAUCAAGAGCUACACGUUGAUCGGAAAAAGGAGGAGAAAAAACUUCAAAACCUGGAAGGGAAGAAGUGGGAACAGGCAGAGCGGCUGGGCAUGGGCUUGGUGUCCAGGAGCUCUAUUUCUCACUCUGUCCUCUCUGAGAUGCAAGUGAUAGAACAAGAAACGCCAGUGACUACAAAGUCCACACAGUCCCAGCUAGAUCUCUUUGAAGACAUCGGAAGCUUCACAUCUGGACCACCAAAGUACAAAGAUAAUCCUUUUUCAUUAGGCGAUGCCUUCAGCUCACAGUGGGAGACAGACAACUCCUCUUGGGAAAUGAACAAAGGGGAAGAGGAGGCAGACAUUGCCAUCUCCAGCAUCCGGCCUAUUGGUGACAGACCCAUUAACAGAAGAGAGACAGAGAGCAAGAUAUCAGUAGUGGAGUCCAAUGAAGCUCAGCAGAAGUUUGCAGGGGCCAAAGUCAUCUCAUCUGAUAUGUUCUUUGGACGGGAAGCUGAUACAGUUCCAGUGGCUGAAUAUUUGACCGAUCUUCAGUCAACAAUGAGAGUGGCAAGAGACAUCGCACAAGAACAUCUAGCUGUAGCCCAGCAGAGACAGAAGAGCUACUAUGACAGGUCAGCCAAACCAAGAAGCAAGCGGAGGUUAUUUUUCGAUGGAGAGAGUGGUAAAGACCCUGACGUGAUGGGGAUUGGUAGUUUUAACCAUCAACCGUUUACUUUCAAGAUUCUACAAAAAUGCUUGGACUAUGUUUCGCAGGACUUCUUAAAUGACUCUUGGAAGUUUCGCAAAAAGACAUUUUGGGACAGAGAGAGUUCAUUGUGUUGCUGGGAAGGACGAGUGUAAUUAUCCCCAACAACAUGUUAACCUCUGGAAUGCUCCGCAGAAGGAAACAUCGAUGAACUGUGCCAGGUGGCAUGAAGAAGAUCCCUAUGAAAUGUACUGAGUAUCGGAAGAUGUUUAGUCCAGUGUAUAAAUAAAGACUUGGGGAAUAACCCUGAAUGAAAAUUAAACUGUUACAAAUAUGAUUUAUGGAAAAUGUAUUUUUAAAAUGUCUUUUGAUUUGAGGUUGUGAAUCUUAACAAUGGGAAAGAUGACCAAUACGUUUAUGGUUUGUAUGUUGAAUGGUGACAAUGCCAUGACUGUAUGGUAAGAUAUGGACAUGUUAUGUGUAUAUGCAACAGUGAAGGUUUGUAUUUUAUGAUUUAUGUAUUGUAUCUAACUUUGUGUUUUAUUUCAGGAAUACUGUUGUGUAUGUAUAUAUGUAUUUAUUAAUUAUUUUUGCCCAUUCUAGGCAUAGAAAAGGCAAAAAUAAUCUUUCUUAGGGGGGAGGUGUAAGGAUGUUAUGAGUUAAUGGGAAUUAUUGAUAUGAUUUUAUUUGUUUAUUAAAAGGAAAAAGGGGAAUUAUGUAUUGAUGAAGACAGGUCUCACAUGGAAGCCAGCUGUGUUCAGCGGGUUGCCAUGGCAACGUAACCUCUCUCUGGAGGAAAAAGGGGGCGUGGCUAAGAUGACAGUUGGAGCAUAUUCCCUUUUAAAAAGUUCAGUUGCUGUGAGGGUUUUAAAAGGAGUGGCUGUUAGGGGUUUGAGAAGAAGAGUUGCGGUUAGGUUUUGGAAAGAUUAGGAGCUGUGGAAAUCAGCUAAGGACGGCAGCUUAUGGUCACUCAGGGGAAAGGCUGGGAAUAUAAGCUGACCAGGGGAGUUUAGUAUACUGUGUUGAAGAGAAGUUAUUUAAGAAAUAUCCAUUCAAGAAAGACUACAUUGUAACUUAAGAUCCGGAACGUUUACUGAUUGAAACCAUACGCUUAUGUACCAAAAAUAAACUUGAAUUUUGUUAUUGUUCAUAAAGACAA